GACCCGCACGUGGCGGCGCCGGCCGGGAGCUCGCGCGGAAGCGGGGCGCGCUCUCGGCGGCGCUCGACUCGGCGGAAGUGGGCUGCGGCACCGCGCGCGGCGCGGCCAGCCGUGAGUCGCGGCCCCGCGGACCUCCCGGCGGUUGUGGUUCCGGCGCCGAGAGGUCAUGAAACGGGUGCGUACGGAGCAAGUCCAGGUGGCAGUGUCCUGCUACCUCAAACGCCGGCAGUACGUGGACUCAGACGGUCCCCUGAAGCAAGGUCUGCGCCUCUCACAGACUGCUGAGGAGAUGGCUGCCAACCUCACAGUCCAGUCAGAAUCUGGUUGUGCCAAUGUGGUAUCUGCAGCCCCAUGUCAGGCAGAACCCCAGCAAUAUGAAAUACAGUUUGGACGAUUGCGGAGUUUUCUCACGGAUUCUGACUCCCAGCACAGCCAUGAAGUGAUGCCUCUCCUCUACCCCCUCUUUGUCUACCUCCAUUUCAACCUGGUCCAGAGCGGCCCAAAGAGCACCAUUGAAAGCUUCUACAGCCGCUUCCAUGGGAUGUUCCUGCAGAACGCAAGCCAGAAGGAUGUUAUCGAGCAGCUGCAGACCACGCAGACCUUCCAGGACAUCCUGUCCAACUUCAAGCUCCGAGCAUUCCUAGACAACAAGUACGUGGUCCGUCUCCAAGAAGACAGCUACAACUACCUGAUCCGCUACCUCCAGAGUGACAACAACACUGCCCUGUGCAAAGUCCUCACUGUGCACAUUCACCUGGAUGUGCAGCCUGCCAAGAGGACAGACUACCAGCUCUAUGCCAGUGGCAGCUCCUCCCGCAACGAGAGCAGUGGCCUGGAGCCCCCAGAGGUGCCCAGCCCUAUUCUGCAGAACGAGGCUGCCUUGGAGGUCUUACAGGAGAGCAUCAAGCGUGUCAAGGAUGGGCCUCCCUCUCUCACUACCAUCUGCUUCUAUGCCUUCUAUAACACAGAACAGCUGCUGAAUACAGCAGAAAUCUCUCCUGAUAGCAAGCUGCUUGCAGCUGGUUUUGACAGCUCCUGCAUCAAGCUAUGGAGCUUGCAGUCCAAGAAAUUGAAGUCAGAGCCCCACCGUGUAGACACCUCCCGUAUCCGCCUGGCCUGUGACACUCUGGAGGAAGAGGAGGAUGAGGAUGAUAGCGUGGGCACAGAGAUGAAGAUACUGCGGGGUCAUUGUGGACCAGUGUACAGCACACGGUUCCUCGCAGACAGCUCUGGGUUGCUAUCUUGCUCUGAAGACAUGUCCAUCAGAUAUUGGGACCUCGGUAGUUUCACCAACACUGUGCUGUACCAAGGACACGCCUACCCUGUGUGGGACCUGGACAUAAGCCCAUACAGCCUGUACUUCGCCAGCGGCUCCCAUGACCGAACCGCCAGGCUGUGGUCCUUUGAUCGGACGUACCCGCUGAGGAUAUAUGCAGGGCACCUGGCAGAUGUGGACUGUGUCAAAUUCCACCCUAACUCAAACUACUUAGCCACAGGCUCAACUGACAAGACUGUCCGGCUGUGGAGUGCCCAGCAGGGGAACUCAGUGCGGCUCUUCACAGGACACCGUGGCCCUGUGCUCUCCCUUGCCUUUUCCCCCAAUGGUAAGUAUUUAGCCUCUGCAGGUGAGGACCAGCGGUUGAAGCUGUGGGACCUAGCCUCUGGGACCCUUUUUAAAGAAUUGAGAGGCCACACGGACAGCAUCACCAGCCUGGCCUUCAGCCCAGACAGCGGCCUGGUCGCCUCUGCCUCCAUGGACAACUCUGUACGUGUCUGGGACAUCAGGAACACCUGCUGCAGUGCCCCCGCUGAUGGCUCCUCUAGCGAGCUUGUGGGUGUGUACACAGGGCAGAUGAGCAAUGUCCUGAGUGUGCAGUUCAUGGCCUGCAACCUACUUCUGGUGACUGGAAUCACACAAGAAAAUCAAGAACAUUGAUAUUCUGUAUCUUGGUGGUUGUGGGCUGGCAGGGCUAGGAGAGAGACCUCUGGCCACAGUCCUGAAUGUGCUGAGACUGGAUCCCUGAUGGUGGGAGAACCAACCCUUCCCCUCCUCCUGGGCACCACUGCUCAGCUCUUGCACACAGCCAAGUGUCCCAGGACGAUGGGGCGGGUGACAUUUAGACUCUGGGUGAGAGCUAGAAGUCAGUUGCAGGUUCUCAGAGAACCUGCCUGCCCUCCUGUGCGCAGCACUUUCUCAUCUUCUCCCCAGUGGGUUUGGCUGGGGCAGCUGCACAGGGCUCCCUGGAGCCACUGAGGGGAGGUGUCACUGCUUCCCUCGGGGAAGGAAGUGGGGACAGCAAAUAGAAAAAGAAGGCAUGAUCUUGGCAAAUUGUUUCCGUUUCCAUAUGACAAGGUAAAUAGGAUUUUUUUUUAUCAUUGUUACUAUAUUAUAGAGAAGAGGAAACCUAGCACUGGCAGAGAGGACAGGACCUUCUCUUACCUUUCAGGUUUGACUCCUGGCACUGGCAAUGAUACUUGGAAUUUUGAGGUUCAGGGAAUUCAGAUAAUUUGGUGGCCCUGUGUAUCAGGAGAAAGGGAGGUCUUGGGGAUACUCCUGCCAGAUGACAUGUUUCUAGAAGUCGGUGGGUGAGUUGGAAUUGGGCAGUUGCAGUGGUGGUGGGAAAGAUUGUUUGCAUAGCUGCACAUCUUGUCAAUUCUCUCCCCUGAAGAAAAAAUUAUGAUGGGCUGGGAUGUAGCUCAGUGGUACAGCGCUUGCCUAGCAUGCAUGAGGCUGUGGUUCAUCCCUGGCACCAAAAAGAGAUAAUGCUAAAGAAUAAAAUAAUUUGGAAUUAAUCACAGAUAGCUUUAGGAAAUGUUGAGUUUCUAAAUGACUUUAUUCAGAAGUGUGGCUUUCCACAUCUUUUUCUCCUGUGAUCAUUUGCUCCCACUCUGCACUGCAGUACCUGUCUGAUGAACAGGUUGUGAAUGAAUCAUGCACACACAUGCAUAUCAAAUGUGCUCUGAGGACAAAACAAGUUCCAAUGUGUGGGAAAAGGAUUGGACAUUUCUGUUUUCUGAAAGAGUUAUUUUGUAUUUUGUUUUCUAUUAAAAUGUAUUUAGUUUCAAAAAAAAACACAAAAGAUGUGUUAGCCUUUCAUUUCUAUUCUUGGACAGGCCUGGGAGUGUGCCAUCCUGGGGCCUCUUCAGAGAAGCAGCCAGCACACCAGACCAGCCCCAAGGCAUAUAUUUCUGUCCAGUUUAUUUCACAAUUCCUCCUGGUGUGCACUGGGGUACUG